AUGGUACGUCAGAUUGGUUAUCCACCAAAGUCCACGUUCCCGAAGGCGCUGACUCUGCAACGAAGAAGGGGCGGAUAUCGGUCGGGCGAGUUGGCAGAGGCCGAGAUCAAACACUAUGCCCAUACAUAUGGGUCGGUGAUCCUGAAGUCGCCCUUCAGGAAGUUGAUAGAGGAGAUCGACUAUGAAGUGUCCUGGGCUCACAAUCAGAGCAUCGCGACAACCCCGGGGGCAACGCCGUUCUCUGAAAGGCAUCGCUGGUACCAAGAGGCAGUUGAUGCCCUCCAGGAGACCGCUGAAACAUACAUCAGCGCCCUCUUCUCAGACUCCAUCAUGCAACAACGGCAUGCAAAGCGUCUGACUCUGAACAAGGACGAGGUGAGUACUUGUUUGUCAUUCAACGCAUUCCAGUUACCCAAGCUGAAGAUAACGCCGUUUUUGACGUCUCCGGGGAGGGGGACGUUCAAAAAGCCGUUAAUCUUCAGCUUGGCUUGUGUUCCACACUGA